UGAUGAGUGUGCAGGCAGAAGCUCUAUGGCUGCACCACACAAGAGACUGCAGCCUCCCACUAGAUGCCAGCUUCAUGCCCCUGUGGCUGACAUCAGAGAGCACAGUCGAUGGACGUCUGAUGCGAGGCAUUUGCUGCGGGUCCUGAUGGAGGGCGCGAGGUCUCCGCUGUGACCGAUUGCACCUGUUACAGAUUUUACGUCCCUUUAACCUUUUGCGUUAUUUUUCUCUGUGUAUAAACAUGGCGAGCCCUCCGCCUGGUGCGGCCAUCUCCAUUUCUCCACCGGUGGACUUCGUGCUGGGUGCGUCCGCGUGCUGCCUGGCAUGUGUGUUUACUAACCCGCUGGAAGUGGUGAAGACGAGGCUACAGCUGCAGGGUGAACUGCGCGCCCGGGGGUCUUACACGCGGCAUUACCGGGGGGUCUUACAGGCCAUGGUGGCGGUUGGUCAAGCAGAUGGACUGCGCGGGCUGCAGAAGGGGCUGACGGCAGGACUGCUAUAUCAGGGAAUGAUGAAUGGAGUGCGCUUCUACCUGUACUCAUACGCUGAGAACAUGGGACUGACGAAGCAGCCGGGGGGCAAUGUGGCUGCAGGGGCAAUCGCUGGAGCUCUGGGGGCAUUCGUGGGCAGUCCAGCGUACCUGGUAAAGACGCAUCUUCAGGCGCAGACGGUGGCCGCCAUUGCUGUAGGACAUCAGCACAAUCACCAGAGUGUCAGUUCUGCGUUUGAGACCAUCUACAAGAAGCAUGGAGUCUUGGGACUGUGGCGUGGCGUUAACGGAGCCGUCCCGAGGGUGAUGGUUGGAUCUGCGGUGCAGCUGGCGACUUUUGCUAAUGCUAAAGAAUGGGUCAAGCAUAAGAAGUGGUUCUCAGAUGACAGCUGGCUGGUGCCGUUGGCCGGAGGGAUGAUCAGCAGCGUUGGUGUGUCCGUAGCAAUGAUGCCAUUUGACGUGGUCAGCACACGGCUGUAUAACCAGCCUGUGGACAGUGAGGGCCGGGGUCGCCUCUACCGGGGUUUCCUGGACUGUUUCUUGAAGAUCACCCACAAGGAAGGUGUCCUCGCCCUCUACAAGGGCAUUGUCCCGGCUUACGUCCGCCUGGGGCCACACACGAUCCUCAGCCUGCUCUUCUGGGAGGAGCUAAGGAAAAUGACGUAUCAUUACCAGCACCACUGAGGGCGGAGCCAGCACGGACUUAACUUCCAGGGCCCCAACAUGGGGGCCCAUAUAAUCUCAGGACUCAUAAAGUUUGCAAAGCAAAACUGAGGUGAUGAUAAGUGGCAGAGAUUCUGGUUUCUUGUGCCAAGAGUGGGGCGAGCGAUGGUUAUAAUGUCACCUGCAGACAAUGGUGCAUCCCCUGUGGAGAGCGGACGCUUGUUGCAAGUGUUCGUAGUUUUAUUUUAGUUACUUUUUAAUAUUUUGGGGUGCAGGCGCCCUGUCCUCCCUCCCCCAGAUCACAGGGUCCAUAUAAUGUACAGAAUCAGGGUUAUCCCUUGUUGUGGGGGAGGGGGUUGUACGUAUGAUAAAUUAAAAUAUGGCGUUAUUGACGCCAUGCUGUUCUUGGAUCAUGUGACCUCCCCAAAUAUGCUGUGAUCCCGUGACUCGGCAUCAACCCCUUGGUUAGUUUACCUACUUAUUACCUCCCAGCAGCAACCAGACAUUAUGCUGCAGCUCAAACUAAAGGAAUCCUAGCGGUCUAUGACAUUGUCAGCUCGGAGAAUUAUAGCCGCAAUAUGAACGUUAAAAUGCGCCCACAUCAUAGCCGUGUGAAUAAGGGCUCAUGCCCACAAACGUAUUUUUGGUCUGCAUCCGAUCUGCAUUUUUUGCAGGUUGUAUGUGGACCCAUUCACAUCAAUGGGGCCACAAAAGAUGAGGACAUGAUGUCAUCCGUAUGUCCAUUCUGCGGCCCCGCAAAAAAAAAUAGAACAUGACCUAUUCUUGCCCGUUUUAUGGGCAAGGAUAGGAGCGUUCUAUUAGUGGCCGGCGAUUCCGUUCGGCAAAAUGUGGAAUGCACGCGGACGGUAUCCGUUAUCAAAUUUGCGGACCGCAAAACAGCCAACGGUCGUGUGCAUGAGCCCCAACAAACAUGAAAACGACUUCUACUAUAAUAGGACAAGAAUUAGCAUCUGCAUGUUCUAAGGAGUCAGAUCAGGGAGUAAUACGACCACAUCAUAUAAGUGCCUUGUGUACUGCGCCACCUGAUGGAGAGUUACAAAUAAAAAGAUCUUUCUUACCUGAAA